AUGAUGAAGCCGACGUCCCCCAACUUCAUGGCGCAGGGCAUCUGGGCCGGUUUCCGCUACUACAUUGGCCACUUCUUCUACCCAAACAUGUACCGCGAGUUCCUCUCCGUGCAGAAUGCGCACAAGGUGGAACGCGCGCUCCGUUUGCAGAAGGCCAUCAAGGCGAACAAGAUCGACUACCGCGCCCUUCUCGCCCUCCCUGUCACGGACCACGCCCAUCCUUACAAGAUGGAGUACCCGUGGGAGAAGGUCAUGCAGAGCGACGCGCGCGACUUAGGCUUCUACGGCAAGUGGUAUGCCAGCAAAAUGAUGUGUUUCUACGAGGGCCUUCAGUUCCACAAGUGGGGCUGCCUUCAGGACGACCUCAUCAACGCUCACGGCUGGUGGAACCGUGCUGCCCGCACGCGUGCGCCGAAGGACAAGGUUGUGCACGGCGACCGUCGUGUGAUGCGUGCCCGUGUGCUCAAGGACAAGUACAUCUACGAGCCAAAGGAUCGCUGGGUGCACCCUGUCGACAACGUUGCAUACUUCGGUCCCUAUGUCAUGAUGGUGGCUGAUGAAUGGGAGGAGAAGUGGGGUUUUUUUGCUGGCCAGGAGGUGGAAUACUAG